UCUUCUCCAGAAAUUACUAGACUCAUCCUCUUCCUCCUAUAUAAAUCCCUUGCUCCUCCUCAACUCUUCAAUCGAACCGAACCAAAAUUGAACUCAAUCUUAGCAUACAAAGUUCUGAUAUAAUCAAUCUUCUCAAUCUCGAUUACCGAAUCUUCACUUGAAGAAAAAAUAAUUAUCAGAAAUGGCGAUGAUUCCAAGCAUCUUCGGAGGCCGACGAAGCAACAUCUUCGACCCAUUCUCUCUCGACAUCUGGGACCCCUUCUCCACCACUCUCGCCAACGUCCCCAACUCUGCCCAUGAGACCUCUGCCUUUGCCAACACUCGCAUUGACUGGAAAGAGACUCCAGAAGCUAACAUCUUCAAAGCUGAUCUUCUAGGGAUGAAGAAGGAAGAAGUGAAGGUGGAAGUUGAAGAAGGAAGAGUUUUACAGAUUAGCGGGGAGAGAAGCAAAAAGCACGAGGAGAAGAACGACAAGUGGCACUGCAUCGAGCGCAGCAGCGGCAAGUUCCGUCGCCGCUUCAGGUUGCUGGAAAAUGCAAAGUUUGAUCAGGUCAAGGCUACGAUGGAGAACGGUGUUCUGACUAUGACUGUGCCCAAAGAAGUGAAAAAGCCUGAGGUUAAGGUUGGUUUGGGAAGUGAGUUGACUUUUGACUUUUUUGGUUAUUUUAAUCUGGGCUAAAAAGUUUGAUUUGGGAAGGAUUUUUUGAUUUUUUGAUUUUUUUGACUUUUUUUGUGAGAGAAUAGUGUAAUGAUUAUGGAUUGGAUGUGAUAUUUUGCUUUUUAUGACUAAAAUAGCCAAAUUAACCAUUCCCAAACGGAUAAGUCUGUUGAGAUCUCUGGCUGAGUUAAAAGCCACCAUUCUUUGCUACCCAGAUUUUACCUUUUUUUUCUUUUGUGUGUGUGUGUGUUGAUUUAAUGAAUAAGGAUUUGUACUAGUUUUUUCA